AUGGCCAGUCCUUCGGCGGUGAUCAAGGAAGCUGUCAAGGAGACGCUCGUGGGCUCCGAGGUCGAGGAGCCGGGUGCUCAGCUUUCGGCGCAGAGCAGAGCGCGCUUCAACGCGCAUGCUGUCAAUGACCCCGAGACGGGCGAGCUGUACAUGGGGCAGGACGAGUUUAUCAAUGCCAUUGCGCCCAAGGACGAAGAUUAUCACAAAAUCAAGCGAGACCAGUACUCGAUCCUCUUCCGCGUCGCCGACAACAAGGGCUCCGGACGCGUCAGCCUGACGGACUGGGGCGUCUUUGAGAACCUCUUGCUGAAGCCCGAUGCCGAGUACGAAAUCGCGUUCCGCGUCUUUGACGUCGACCGCACCGGCGACGUCAAGUACGACGACUUCCGACGCCUCUACGAGCUCAACAAAGGCCCCGACAGCAUCCCCUUUGACUGGGACUGCGAGUGGGCCAAGCUGUACCUCGGCAGCAAGAAGAAGCGCCACAGCCUGAGCUACCCCCAGUUCUCGCAGAUGCUGCGCGGCCUGCAGGGCGAGCGCAUCCGCCAGGCCUUCCAGCUGCUCGACAAGGACGGCGACGGGUACAUCGACCCGGAGGAGUUUGAGCGCAUCAUCCGCGAGACGUCCAAGCACAAGCUGUCGGACCACGUGCUCAACAACCUGCACACGCUCUGCAACAUCUCGACCGGCAGCAAGAUCUCCUACGCCAACGUCCGCGCCUUCCAGAACAUGAUCCAGGAGAUGGACCUGGUCGAGCUCAUUGUGCGCCGCGCCCUCGCCAAGAGCUCCGACGGCAAGAUCACCCGCGCCGAGUUUGCCCACGAGGCCGCCAAGGUCACGCGCUUCUCCCUCUUCACCCCCAUGGAGGCCGACGUCUUGUUCCACUUUGCCAGCCUGGACGAGCCCUCGGGCCGCCUGAGCCUGCGGGACUUUGCCAAGGUCCUCGACCCCUCGUGGCGGAGCCCCAUGUACGAGGCGGACGAGUCCGGGCCCGGGCUCAAGCCCGCCGCGGCGGCCAAGGGCUCUCUCCUGAAGGGCGCCGCCGAGUCGGCCUACAACUUUGCCCUGGGGAGUCUGGCCGGCGCUUUCGGCGCCUUCAUGGUGUACCCCAUCGACCUGGUCAAGACGCGCCUGCAGAACCAGCGCGGCGCCCAGCCCGGCCAGAGGCUGUACAAGAACUCGAUCGACUGCUUCCAAAAGGUGUUCCGCAACGAGGGCCUGCGAGGCUUGUACUCGGGUGUUUUGCCGCAGCUGGUUGGCGUGGCUCCCGAAAAGGCCAUCAAGCUGACCGUCAACGACCUUGUGCGCCGGCACUUUACCGACAAGCAGGGGCGCAUUCCGCUGAGCGCCGAGAUUCUGGCCGGCGCCAGUGCCGGAGGGUGCCAAGUGGUCUUCACCAACCCCCUCGAAAUCGUCAAGAUUCGUCUUCAGGUCCAGGGCGAGGUGGCCAAGUCGGUCGAGGGCGCCCCCCGGCGGUCGGCCAUGUGGAUCGUGCGCAACCUCGGGCUGGUCGGCCUCUACAAGGGAGCCUCGGCGUGCCUGCUGCGCGACGUGCCCUUCUCCGCCAUCUACUUCCCCACGUACAACCACCUGAAGAAGGACUUUUUCGGCGAGUCGCCCACCAAGAAGCUGGGCGUGCUGCAGCUCCUGACGGCGGGCGCCAUCGCCGGCAUGCCGGCGGCGUACCUGACCACGCCGUGCGACGUCAUCAAGACGCGGCUGCAGGUCGAGGCGCGCAAGGGCGAGGCCUCGUACACGGGGCUCCGGCACGCCGCCCGCACCAUCUGGAGGGAGGAGGGCUUCACCGCCUUCUUCAAGGGAGGCCCGGCCCGCAUCUUCCGGUCCUCGCCGCAGUUCGGCUUCACCCUCGCCGCCUACGAGGUCCUGCAGAACGUGCUCCCCAUGCCGGGCAGGAGCCGGGACGACGAGGCGUCGAUGCCGACGACCCUGGCGGCCGGCCCGGGGCCCGGCGGCCCGGACUCGUCGUCGCCCUUGUCGCGCAGCAGAAACGCCCUCAAGAUCAUCCUGGACCUGGACGAGGACUUUGGCCGCGCCAGGAUCCCCGACGCCAGGACCUGGAAGGGACUGCCUAGGGCUAUCGGGGGUGGCGGGAGCCCAUGA